GAGUGAGCGGUGUGCAGCCAUGGGAGGCCAAAUCACCCGCAACGCCUUGUACGACUCUCUGGGCAGCCCGUUUCCUCCCUCUACUCACCGAUGCCACCAGAAGCCAAAGCGCUGCUUGCCCCUGCACCCUUGUGCCGGUGUACCUGUCAGCCCACUGCUUUUUCACCCCAGUGCCAAGGGCUCGCAGAUCAUCAUGGACAUGGCCCAAAGGUGCGUUAAGAGACAGGCCAGCUUUUGCAAUGCCAUCACCUUCAGUAACCGACCCAUCGCCCUGUAUGAGCAGGUCCGCCUUAAGAUCACAAAGAAGCAGUGUUGCUGGAGCGGGGCUCUACGUCUGGGCUUCACCUCCAAAGACCCAUCACGCAUCAACCCGGACAGCCUUCCCAAGUACGCGUGCCCAGACCUGGUGUCUCAGAGCGGGUUCUGGGCCAAGGCGCUGCCCGAAGAGCUGGCGAAUGAGGGCAGUUUAGUUGCAUUUUGGGUGGACAAAAAGGGUCGAGUCUUUUACCGUGUCAAUGGCUCCAGCCCCAUGUUGUUUUUCAGCGGAGUUCGUACCAACGAGCCUCUCUGGGCCCUCAUCGAUGUCUACGGCCUGACACGAGGAGUGCAGCUGCUGGAAAGUGAGAUCGUUCCUCCAGACUGUCUCCGUCCCCGGUCCUUCACCACGGUACGUGGUUCCUCUUCCCUGCGACGUGACGCUGACGCUUCCCGCCUGUCUGUCAGUCUCUGCGACCUCAACCUGGCCCGUGAUGAAGCCAGGCUCCGUCUCCCAUCAGCACCCGUCUCCGCCUCCCGCGCCAUCCCUCAGAACUCUCUAAACUCAUUCCUUCCAGCCGCCCUAGAAAGCGAGCUACGUUUCCACCAGCUGCGCGGCGCCCAGCUUAAAGCCGUGGACGAGCAGACCGUGUCGCGCAGUGGGCACGGCCAUGAAGAAGAAGGCACCCUGGCAUUCACUGAGCGUCCACUGCGCCCCUCUGAGACUGUUUAUGUUACAGUGAGCAAGUCGAGUCUGGCUCGCCCGGGUUUGCUCUCCUACGGUGUGACCUCUUGUGACCCUGCCACCCUGCACCCUAACGACCUGCCGCCGAACCCUGAAGAGUUAGUGGAUCGCAAGGAAUUCUGGGCCGUGUGCAGGGUGCCCAAGCCGCUACACUCUGGAGAUGUCCUCGGUUUUCUGCUCACACAGGACGGAGAGCUGGUUCUCAGCCAGAAUGGUGUAAAUGCGGGCAUGCAGGCUUGUGUCGACAACUCGCGCCCCCUCUGGAUGUUUUUUGGGCUGCAUGGUGCCCUCACGCAGCUAAGGAUCUUGGGCUCCAUCCAACUCAGUGAUGCUCAAGGCCCAUCUAGCCCAGGUUCACCUUUCUCCUCCUCACCUCACUCGCUUGAGGGAGGUCUGUGCAGUGGCAGCUCAGAGCCUGCGAUAAACGCAGGCUGCUCGGGAGCCUUCUGUACCUCCAUAACAGCAACAACCACAAGCUCUCCUGUCACCCUGCCCAAGUCCCCAACAUUUCCAUCAUCCUCCAGCUCCUGGCCGGACGAGUGCUCCAUCUGUUACGAGAAUGCCGUGGACACAGUCAUCUACGCAUGCGGCCACAUGUGUCUGUGCUACACCUGUGGGCUCCGUCUCAAAAAGAUGGCCAACGCGUGCUGUCCAAUCUGCAGGAGGGCUAUCAAAGACAUAAUAAAGACCUACCGGAGCACAUAGGAGCCAUCUUCUGUAAUACUUCUCUAUUACACGACACAGAGAAGCAUAAUGGCCAUAACAAAGACACGGGGACCUUCGGGAAGGAA